AUGCUUUCUGCUGUCCGUCGCGUGGCUUCUGCCAACCCCGCCGCCAUGAUGCGUCCCUUGACCUCCAUGACCAUGACCUCUGCAUUCUCCACCUCCUCCUCCGCCUAUGCCCCCUACAACGUUAAGAACAUCACCGUCUUCGGCUCUGGUCUCAUGGGCGCCGGUAUCGUCCAGAUCGCUGCCCAGAACGCCUUCAACGUCACCAUGGUCGACCUCAACCCCGAGGCCCUCAAGAAGGGUCAGGACAUCAUCACCUCCUCUCUCAAGCGUGUCGCCAAGAAGCAGUUCCCCGAGGAUGCUGCCCAGCAAAAGGCCUUCAUCGACAAGACCAUGGCCCAGAUCAAGACCAGCACCGACUCUGAGGCCGCCUCCAAGGAUGCCGAUCUGAUUAUCGAGGCCAUCGUCGAGAACUUGAAGACCAAGCAGCAGUUGUUCUCCAUGCUCGACAAGGUCGCUCCCGAGCACACCCUCUUCUGCUCCAACACCUCGUCCCUUCCCAUCGGCGAUAUUGCCAAGGCCACCAAGAGGGCAGAUCGUUUCGGUGGUCUCCACUUCUUCAACCCCGUCCCCCAGAUGAAGUUGGUCGAGGUCAUCCGUACCGAGGAGACCAGCCAGGACUCCUUCGACUCUUUGAUGGAUGUCUGCACCCGCAUGAAGAAGACCCCCGUCUCCUGCAAAGAUACCCCUGGAUUCAUCGUCAACCGUCUCUUGGUCCCCUACAUUAUGGAGUCCCUCCGCAUCGUUGAGCGUGGCGAGGCUACCCCCCAGGACGUCGAUGUCGCCAUGAAGCUCGGUGCUGGUUUCCCCAUGGGUCCCUUCGAGCUCGCCGACUUCGUUGGUCUGGAUACCAUGAAGUUCAUUGUCGAUGGCUGGCGCAAGGAGGGCAAGAUCGACGACAACUUGGUCGCUCCCGUCAAGUUGUUGGACGAACUUGUUGCCCAGGGUAACUUUGGACGCAAGUCUGGACAGGGUUUCUACCCUUACAACGGCGUCGGAGGCAAGAAGUAA